AUGCUGCCGUCCGCGAGAGACGAAGACCUGCUCAACGGCGCAUGUCUGACCUCAUCGGUUGCAGAAAUAGGCCGGACGCCGGCCGGCACCGAGCGAGCGGCAUUUACCACCCCGAUGCAACCGCUCGUGGCCAAGGUCGUCGCCGGCUGCGACGCGGUCGGUCGCUUGACGGUCGUUGCUCGGACUAACACGCAGUGCCGCCCGUCGCCCGCCGCUGUAACACCAUCCGACGUACCGCCUGGUACCCGGCGCCCGCACUUAUCCGUGCCACUCUGCACAACCUGCCUGUAG